AUGUCAGGCCUCCACGAAGUACAGACAGGUGCUGGCCGCCUGGCCGGGAAAGUCGCCAUUGUUACAGGUGCCGCCUCCGGAUUCGGUCUUGCAGUGACGCAGAAAUUCGUAGCUGAGGGCGCCAAAGUCGUCGCCUCCGACAUCAACGCCGAAGGUCUCGAGAAAGCGUUCUCGUCGUCCUCCACCUACGCAACCAACGUAGCCACCGUGGCAGCCAAUGUGACGUCGGCGGCCGACUGGGAGAAGCUGGUCGAGACGGCCGAGUCCAAGUUCGGCGGGUUAGACGUCCUGGUCAACAACGCCGGCACGAGCUACAAGAACAAGCCGACUCUGGAUGUCACCGAGGCCGAGUUCGACCGCGUCAUCGCCGUCAACCUCAAGAGUAUCUACCACAGCGUUGGGACCGUCGUGCCCGCGUUGAAGAAACGAGGCGGUGGCAGUAUCAUCAACAUUGCGAGCAUCGGUGCCAUGCGACCCCGACCUGGGUUGGUUUGGUACAAUGCUUCAAAGGCCGCUGUUGCCAAUGCAACCAAAGGCCUAGCCGCCGAAUUCGGCAAAGACCAAAUCCGCAUCAAUGCCUUGUGCCCUCUCCUCUCCGGCACAGGUCUAUUCGAGUCGUUCGUCGGCGUCCCCUUCACCGAGGAAAACGUGCAAAAGUUCCUGUUCAACGUGCCGCUCGGGAGACUCACUGACCCCAGUGACGUCGCCAACAUUACCGCCUAUCUAGCCAGUGACGAAGGCAGGUUCAUCACGGGCAUCAAUCUCGAGGUCGAUGGCGGCCGGUCUGUUGGUGCUUGA